AUGGCUUACCGCAACAACAACCGUCGUGGUGGUGGCGGUGGCGGUGGAAGCGGCGGAGGAGGUGGCGGAGGUGGCGGCGGCGGCGGCGGCGGAGGCAGUGGCAACUUCGGCAACAACUAUGGCAACCGUAUCAAUCCUUGGGAUGCGGGUGUGGGCGGUGUCCGCGUGAACAAUGAUGCGCUCUCAUUUGCCAACAGCUUAAUUAACAACCUGCUCGGUAAUCAGAACGCGAACCAGGUACCGUCCCUGCUGGACGGUGUUCAAUCUUCGCGUUUCGACGACAUGAAUGGUUACAACUUCAUUAGGAAUCGAUAUGGUAAAAAUCGUAACAUCAAUGGACGUGGCAUACGCAAACCGGAUGCCGUUGCCCGUACCAAGAAUGUGCUGGCGAAGAAUUGUAAUAAACCGUUUGGCAAAGAGGCACUCGGCAAUGCUGGUACCAGCAGCCGUACCCAUGAUCGUAAUAGUGGCAAUAAAGGAGCAAAAAAGGGUAACCUACCGGGUGGACCGGCUGCCGCCAGCAGCAGCAACGCAAAGGAAAAGCUCUCCUCUGCCAAGGCAUCACCGUACAUGGAUGUGUCGAACGAUUUUCUCUACUGUCACAUGUGCGAUAAGCACAUGUACGAUGCCACCUCGUUCGAAAACCACAUCACCGGUCGGACGCACCGCGUGAUGAAGGAAAGCAUCGAGGAAAGCUACCGGAUGCGGGCGACGCUGCUCCGGCAGGAGGCGCGCAUCGCCGAACAGCUCAAAACGAUCGAGAUCGAUCGUCUAAAGCGUAUGGGGAAGGCGAAAAACUACUACAAGGUGCGCGAGUACUGCCCGAUGUGUGAGCUGUUCUUCUACGGGCACAUUAUCGCCCAUCGGCGCUCGGAGAAGCAUUUGGAUUUGAAGAAGUUCCUGCACCCGAAGUGUGACGACUGCGAGCUGGAGUUUCACAACCGUACCGAGUACGACGACCAUCUGCUCUCGGUCGUGCACAUGAAGAAUUGCAAAUCCAAACCGAGCCGGCUCGAGAUCGAACGGAAGACAAAGCAACUGACUAUCUCUACUAUGAGCGAUGAGCUACUGGAUAUACGCGAGGAGAUCGCGCCCAAAAAGCGAAAGGACAAACCGGAAGGUUCCGGCUCGGGUGUGAAGCGAUCCGAAGCGGAUGGGAAAUCGGUGACCAAACAGCAAACCGCGGGCGAACAGUCGACAUCGGGUGGAACGGGUGAAAAUGGAGACACGAGUAAAGCGGACGACGACACGCCUGCUAUGGCCGACUCGACCGUUGAGGAUGGUAGCGAGUGUGGCAAACCGUCCGCGGUGGAGGACGGUGUCGGUGCAACGCUCGACGACCCGAAGCUGGACGACGAAUGUCCGGAGGACGAGAUGGCGAAGGAGGAAGAAAGUGAAGACUGCAUACUGGAUUACAAGCCGGGCGAUGAGAUAGCGCCGGAAAUCGACAACAAGCUGCCCCGGUACAGGAAGAACCGUGCGCUCGGUUUGAGCCUAAUCGGGAAGCUGGAGUGUGUCGAGUGUCGCAUCUGUCACAAGUACUUUGACAGUGAGGCAACCGGCGAGGUGCAUGCCCGUACACAUUCGCACUACCGUGCAUUUAUACGCUUUCUGAACGAGAAGGCCAUGGAGGUACGCAUCGCCCAGAAGCGUGCGGCAGUCGCGCUCGAGGAAGCGGAAGCGGCCAAGAAGAAGCAGAAGCUGGCCGACGAAAAGAAGCACACGGCGGAGGACGUGAAUGGUGAGCCCGGCAAUGUGGGCGAAACCGAGAAGAAGGACUCGGACCUGUACGAUCCAUCGGAGGCGACAGAAUCGGGUGAUGCCAGCAUGGCCGAGGAUGGCAAAAGUGAGGAUGGUCAAAACGGAUCGGAACAGGUAGAACCGAUGGAAACGGAUGUGACCGGUAAGGACACGGACAAGGUAGCGGCCGCAGCAGCAGCAGCAGCAGCAUCUGCGACCGAUGAUGAUGAGUCGGGAACUCAACCGGAACCAGACUCCAGCAAGGAGGAUGAUUAUAAGGAAUCGAAGGAUGAUAAACACAACCCGAAAGGUGGUAAUCGGCGUGGACGAAAUACACGGUCGGGGCGUUUCGCUGGGCGGUAUUAG